AUGAGUUCAAAUCGUCAUUGGAUGUAUACACGAAUCAGAAAUGGUCUUCUCACAGAGGAGUUUUUGGCUGGUCUUGAAACUUUCAUCCAAUUUGCUACUAGUCAACAUAGUUGGAUGGACGGGGAAAGAAUUAAGUGUCCAUGUAAACAACGCAAGUGUCAAAACACUAAGUUCUUAGAUGUGCCUACCGUGAAAUUUCACUUAGCAAAAUAUGGAUUUGUGUCGGACUACUAUGUUUGGCGCUUCCAGGGCGAGUGCAAUGUGAGUGUAGAUGUUGAUCGAGAUGUUGGUGGCCCAUCUCAAAUGGAUAAUGAAGAAGCAUCUAAUGCUUUCCACACAAUGGUUAUGGAUGCUGCUGGUCCUGAAUUUAAUGUGGAUGAAAUAGAAGAAACGCCAAAUCCCGAGGCCCAAAAUUUUUAUGACAUGCUGAAAGCUGCGGAUCAAGAGUUGUGGCUUGGGAGUAAAAAACACUCGCAGUUGUCUCUUGUAGCUCGACUUAUGAGCUUGAAAUCAGAGAAUCACAUAUCAGAAAAAUGUUUCAAUCAAUUCACUGAACUUUUGAAAGAAGUUGCUCCGGAGGAUAAUCUAGUUCCUGACAACUUCUACGAAACCAAAAGGCUAUUACGGGGUAUGGGAUUGCCGGUUCAAAAGAUUGAUUGCUGCAAGAACAACUGCAUGAUAUAUUGGGAGUCGGAUAUAGAUAUGACAACGUGUAAGUUUUGUGCCCACCCUCGAUUUAAACAAACUUCUAGUGGUGCUACAAAACGACAGAAAACUAAUGUAGCAUACAAAAAAAUGUAUUACUUUCCUUUGCUUCCUGGACUGCAGAGGUUGUAUGCAUCUAAUGCUACAGCAAAUGAUAUGAAGUGGCAUGCAAAGUCAGUUGAAGAUGGGAUCAUGCGUCAUCCCUCAGACUCGCUUGCUUGGAAGCAUUUUAACGACACUUAUCCUAACUUUGCAUCUGAAAUUCGAAAUGUCAGGUUAGGUCUGUGCACCGAUGGUUUUCAACCAUUUGGACAGUCAGGACAACAAUACUCCUCAUGGCCUGUGAUACUAACAACGUACAACUUGCCUCCUUGGAUGUGUAUGAAGGAGGAGUAUAUGUUCUUGACCGUAUUGGUUCCAGGUCCAAAAAAUCCAAAAGAGAAGAUUGAUGUUUUUUUACAACCGCUUAUUGUGGAGUUAAAUCAAUUAUGGGAAGUCGGUGUUCAAACAUAUGAUAUUUCAAAGAAGCAAAAUUUUCAGAUGCGAGCCGCCCUUAUGUGGACAGUUAGUGAUUUUCCUGCAUAUUCGAUGUUAUCAGGGUGGAGCACUGCUGGGAGGUUAGCUUGUCCGUAUUGCAUGGACAAGUCGGAUGCCUUCACCCUAAAACACAGUGGUAAGCAAUCGUGGUUUGACAAUCAUCGAAAAUUUUUGCCACCGAAUCAUCCAUUUCGCAGGAAUAAGACCGCAUUCUUUAAGAACAGAGCGGUUACAACUGAGGCACCGCCUGUUCGGUCAGGAUAUGAUAUCCUUGCAGAGAUUGAGACUUUAGGCCUUAAGAAGGUCACUGAAUUGGAUGCAGCUGAAGUUAAUGGAUUCAUUUCCAAAACUUGCGGUUGGAAAAAGCGAAGUAUCUUUUGGGAUUUGCCGUAUUGGAGUUCACACUUGGUACGGCAUAAUUUGGAUGUCAUGCAUAUAGAAAAAAAUGUGUUUGAUAACGUGUUCAACACAGUAUUGGAUGUUACAGGAAAAACAAAGGACACAUAUAAAUCUAGAGAAGAGCUGAAUGAUUAUUGUCGGCGGCCUGAGUUGAAGCAAAACCUUGUGACCAGAAAGUUCCCUAAAGCUUGUUACACACUUGACAAACCAGCAAGGGAAGCAUUGUGUGAAUGGGUUAGGAAUCUCAAAUUUCCUGAUGGCUAUGCAUCGAAUAUGAGUCGAUGUGUAGAUAUGAAGAAGUUGAAGUUGUUUGGUAUGAAAAGCCAUGACUGUCAUGUGUUUAUGCAGAGUUGA